AUGGGGGCUUUUCAUUCCGUGCCAACUGAAGAUAACUUGGAGGAUCUGGCCGAAAGGACAGGCUUCUCCCUGGAACAGGUCAAAAACCUUCACAGGAGAUUUAAGUACUUGUCUGGUGGUGCAGAAACUUUAAGAAAAGAAAAUCUGGAGAGCAUAAGUGAUUUGGCCUUCAACCCAAUUCGGAAACAAAUCAUUCAGGCCUUCUUUGACAAAAGAAAUUUUGGUCAGAAUGGUGCCGGAUCGGUCCAGGAGAUUGGAUUUGAGGAGUUCCUGAUCGUCCUGGCAAACUUCAGACCCCCUGCACCACGUAUAACAGAAGAAGAGAGGGAGACUAUAAAGAGGGAGAAACUUCGCUUUCUAUUUAACAUGCACGACACAGAUAACGACGGUACCAUCACUCUGGAGGAAUACAGACACGUGGUGGAGGAGCUCCUGUCCAGUUCUGGAGCCAUUGGGAAAGAAACGGCUAAGGCGAUUUCAGACGCAGCUAUGCUGGAAGUGGCGAGCGUCACCGUCGGUCAAAUGCGGCCAGAUGAGUUUUACGAGGGAAUCACUUUUGAACACUUUCAACAGAUUUUAAAAGGCCUUGACAUUGAUUCCAAGAUGAGCAUCCGGUUUAUGAAUGUGAACACUAGCAACAUGCGCUGUGGCAAGUGA